AUGAAUUUUGGGUAUGACGAACACGGGAACCGACUGCAGUCUGAUGAUGACAGCAAAAGCAGUGACAGUAAUGCCAACAGCAACGAUAAUGAUUAUGAGGUAGCUACUGUUAGUGAUGAUGAUAUGAAACAUUCAGAAGGAAGUGAUGAUAGCAGAAGUAACCAUACCGAUUCAUCAGAUGAAGAAGAAAAACGUAAUGGUGGUGAUUCAAGCAGUGAAUUUAGUGAUGAUGUUGAACUCAUUAUUGGUGAGAUGGCAAAUCAAUCUAUUAAUGAACCGUUGGUGGAUAGUAAGGAUAUUGUUUCAGAUCGUCGAGCAGAUAUAACACAAGGUAAAUUCCUUUUAGAAGACCGACGAGUAACAUCACUUCUUAUUCAAGAUAAACACCAAAAACAAGUUUCUUCCCCUGAACGUGGAUUUCUUGAUCUUGUACGUGGUAUUUCUUCACGACACCGUAAUGUAGCUCUUAUUGGACAUUUACAUCAUGGAAAAACAUCACUACUUUCACUUCUAUUGGGAGGACGCUCCUACCGACAGCGGGAGGAUGAAGUGGAACGUAAAAUCUCCAUUAAGAGCGGUAUGGUUACAGAAGUGGUAGCGGGUGCCCAAUACCAACAAUCCUCACAUCUUGUAAGCUUUAUAGAUACACCAGGACAUCCGGAUUUUGCAGCAGAAACAUCUGCUGCUUUACGUCUGGCAGAUGCGGCUUUAUUCUGCGUGGAUGCAGUGGAGUCGUUAUCACGCGGGGGUGCACGACUGCUGCGACAGGCAGUAUUACAGGAGGGAAUACCAAUUAUUCUCGUCAUCACAAAGAUUGAUCGACUCAUUAUGGAUCUUAAGCUGCCACCCAUUGACGCUUACCGUAAACUACGUAUGGUGAUAGAUGCUGUGAAUAAUGAGAUCACCAGUUUGGGUUCCCCGUUUCUUGUCUCACCAGUGAAUGGAACGGUUUGCUUUACAUCCUCAAAACUCGGAUUUUGUUUCUCAACUGAAACAUUUGCGCUAAAGUACAGCCGUGAAUAUCCUACUAUUGAUGCUACAGCAUUGUCAAAACGACUAUGGGGCCAGAUUGCUUUUGAGAAGGGUAAAUUUGUGAAAAUCACAAACUUCCGUCAGAGACCUGCUUUUGUUUCAUUUAUUUUAGAACCACUCUACAAAAUUGUGGCUCAUGCACUUACAGGAAAAGGUCACGAGACUCUCUCAAGUGGACUUCAUCCAUAUCCACGAGAUCCUGUAAGUGCGGUACGUGAAGCGGUACGACUUUUCUGUGGUGAUGCAGCAACUGAAGGUAUUGAUAUACUCCUUAAUGUUUUACCACAAACAAAUGAACGUUCAUCAUGGCUUCUUUCACGGUAUCGCCUUCCAUCGUAUUUGGAGAACUCCGCCAUUGCAAUUGCUCCAUUACUACGAUCACAAAAUAAUGGAACAGAGAACUUUGCAGUUGUUCGUGUCCUGUAUGGUGUGUUAAAACGUGGUAUGAAAUUGGUGGUGGUGGAUGAACAUUCAAGUGAUGCUGAACCAUUUUAUACUUUUGUAGUAAAAGAACUAUUACUUAAAAUGGUAGAUGGUUUUGUUGAAGUUGAGUCUGCAAUUGCGGGUCAGGUGGUUCUUCUUAAUGGAUUUGGUACACGACCAGGAAGUCAUCUUGUUUUGGUUGGUGGUGCUGCUACAGCUUCUCUCCUUUUGGAAGAGGAUGAGUAUAAUGCUGUAGAAGAAGAAGAAGAAGAAGAGGAUGCAUCAUCUGCGUGGUUGGAUGAGGUCCAAGUAUAUCCACUUAAAUGUGGGGAUCCAAUUAUUCACGUUGGUGUAGAACUUAAAGAUCCCACAAAAAGUACACAGUUUCAAUCUGGUUUACAAAUUCUUGUACGUACAACACCAGGACUUGAUGCGCACAAGGAAGAAACAGGAGAAUUUACACUCACUGGUUAUGGUGAACUGCAUCUUGAUACUGCAUUGCAUGAAUUGCGAUGUGGACUUUGUGCAGGAAUAAAAAUUGGUAUUUCACAACCUUUUGUAUCCUUUUCAGAAACUGUCCUAGAGAAGGAUGGUAUUUUGGCUGUUAGUGGCUCAAAGAGAGCACAAAUUGGUUUCACAAGUGGUACAAUGGAUCGUCAAUUAACAGAACGUAUUGAAUACGAACAACUCAAUCUCUUUCCAACGGAUGAAAGCAGUGUUGUAAAGGUAUGGACAGCACUACGGCAAUAUGAUAUGGAUGCUCUUGACGCUAGACAUGUCAUUGCAGCAGGUCCUCACGCCACUAAAGGACCUAGUAUACUCAUUAAUGACACACUUGAAGAGGAGCAAGAAUUGGCACCACUUACACAACAACGUUUACAAGCCAUUUCUGUUGGGUUUAGAUCUGCAGUGGCAUCUGGACCUUUAACAGGUGAUGUUGUUCGCGGCGCGGCUUUACGACUGAUAUUUGCUGAUAUAGCAGCAGAAAUAAAAGAUACAGCUGUUCUUUCAAUUGCACGAACAACCGUCAAACAGGCACUUCUUGGGGCCCAACCAAGGCUUCUCGAACCCGUACUCGCUGUUGAUAUCACAUGUCCUCCUGAGUGUGUGGCCAAGAUAGCGGAAAUACUUCAAAUGCGCCGAGGUAGUAUUGUGUCGGAGGAACCAAUUGCCGCCACAACACUUGUGUGUGUGCGUGCGUUAGUGCCAGCAAUGGACAGUUUUGGACUUGAGACGCAAAUGCGAAUGACGACGCAAGGUGAGGCAUUCCCUCUCUUCAGUUUUGAUCGUUGGGAUCUUGUGCCUGGUGAUCCAUUUGAUGCAACAAUUCAUGUUGGGAUGCUGCAGCCAGCUCGUGGUUAUCAGUUGGCACGGGAUUUUACACUUAAAACACGCUUUCGCAAAGGACUACCUCCACUUUUGGCGGAAUUUCAGCUUUGA